AUGACGGAAGAGAAAAAAUCCCCAAUUAAAAACACUGAUAUUUUCACCUUCAUUCCCAAUCUCAUUGGGUAUGGACGUGUGUUAACGUUGUUAGCAUCUUGGCUUACCAUGAAAAGCUAUCCUCUUAUUACAAUGUUGGCAUUUUACUCGACCUCGUGCUUGUUGGACGCUUUUGAUGGCGCAGCAGCGAGAAAAUACGGCCAAUCAACUAAAUUUGGAGCUGUUUUAGAUAUGGUGACAGACAGAUCUUCGACCUGUUCCCUUAUAGUGUUUCUUGGUAUCAUUUAUCCAGACUGGUGCAUACUUUGGCAGUUUUUAAUCUCGUUGGAUCUUUCAUCUCAUUAUAUGCACAUGUACGCUAUGAUCACAAGUGGUGCUUCUAGUCAUAAGAGUGUUUCAAAGGAUUCCAACAUUUUGAUGAGGCUUUACUACACGAACAGGAAGAUUUUGUUCACUGUCUGUGCAUUUAAUGAGCUUUUUUAUAUUGCAUUAUACUUUGCUCAUUACGAUCUUGGUAACUUCCCUGGCACUUCCAUUCCAACAGGUGUUAUGCUUGCUUAUAUUUCGGCACCUACCUGGAUCUUUAAGCAAAUAAUGAACGUGAUUCAAAUGGUGAACGCUGCUUUAAUGAUGUCUCACUUGGAUGCACAGCAGUACAACAAAUUGCACAAAUUAAUUUGA